AUGGCAUCUCCUCAAAGAUCUUCAAAGGCCUCUGAACCAAGGGCUCCAAAUCCAAAUGAUCCAAAAAUUUCUAAGGCCUUUAGUGCAAUGGAGUGCUUAGGCAUUUCCCGUGAAGUUGUCACACCAGUCCUCAAGAAUCUUCUUAAAUUGUAUGGCGGAAGCUGGGAGCUAAUCGAAGAAGAUAACUAUCGAACCCUUGCAGAUGCUAUAUUUGAAUCCUUUGAUGACAAGAAGAAGAGUAAGGCUGUAAUGGUGGAAUCUGAAGAUCAGGCUUCAUCUGCAAGGGAGAAUGGAAACAAGGUAAAGGAAUCCAAUUCCGAUUCCAAUCGGAAAGCACAUAAUUCCAAUGUGGAAGGCUCCUCUGUUGAUACAAGAUUAGGUGCUCAAAGAGUAUCAUCUUCAUCAGGAAUACAAAGAAAGAGACAUCAAAACAACGAGUCAUGUGAAGAUAAAGCUACUGAUAAAAGGUUAAUCCACAAGAUCAAUGACAUAACAAGAGGCACAGAGAGAUUGAAAAUAUCAUUGAUAGAUGAAAUUGAUGAAAAUUGCUGUCUUAAAUGUAAUGGUGAUUGUCUUUCUUCGCGGGUCCCAUGUGCUUGUUCUCGUGAAACAGGGGGAGAAUUUGCCUAUACUUCACAAGAUUGCCCCUUGGAGAGGGCCAAGAAUGUGCAAAAUCCUGAACCUUGUAAGGGUCACCUAGUGAGGAAGUUUAUAAAAGAAUGUUGGAGAAAAUGUGGUUGCAGUAUGGAAUGUGGGAACCGUGUUGUCCAAAGAGGUAUUACUUGCAAGUUGCAGGUGUUUGCAAUGGAGGGUAAAGGAUGGGGUCUUCGCACACUUGAAAACUUGCCAAAAGGCUCAUUUGUAUGUGAAUAUGUUGGAGAAAUAUUAACAAAUAUGGAGUUAUAUGAACGAAACAAGAAAACCAGGAUUAAUGAGAGGCAUACAUAUCCAGUAUCCCUCGAUUCAGAUUGGGGUUCUGAACAAAUACUAAAGGAUGAAGAAGCUCUCUGUUUGGAUGCAACCAAUUAUGGAAAUGUUGCAAGGUUUAUUAAUCACAGAUGCUUUGAUUCAAACCUGAUCGAGAUCCCUGUUGAAGUGGAAACACCUGAUCAUCACUACUAUCAUAUUGCUUUUUUCACUAAAAGAAAUGUUAAUGCAUACGAAGAGCUGACAUGGGAUUAUCAGAUUGACUUUGAGGAUGAUGGGCAUCCAAUAAAGGCAUUUAAAUGUCAGUGUGGCAGCUCAUACUGCCGAGAUGUGAGAAGAGAAGGAGUAGGGACCAAAGUGAAAGAGUUGGGGGUAAAGAGGCGUAAAUCUGGCACUAGCAGAGUGAAUUAACACUAACAAUGGUGGGAUUUGAGCUUUCUUGUUGCUGUCUGGCAUAUGAUCGAUACAGGAGUUUGGCAGCAGUUAUAAUUGUUAGUCGG